AUGGAAUUCAGAAGUAACUUAUUCAUGAGAAAUCAUACAAUGGUGACAACCUUUAUUCUCCUAGGACUAACAGAUGACCCCAAAUGGCAAAUAAUAAUAUUCAUUUUUCUACUGCUGACAUAUUUACUGAGCAUUACUGGAAAUCUGACCAUUAUCUUGCUCACACUCCUGGAUUCCCAUCUCAAAACACCCAUGUAUUUCUUCCUUCGAAAUUUCUCAUUCUUAGAAAUCUCACUGACUUCUGUCUGCAUCCCAAGGUAUUUGUUCGUAAUAGUGACUAUGGAUAAAAGAAUUUCUUAUGAUGCUUGUGCUGCACAGUUAUUUUUUGGCAUCUUUUUGGGAGCGUCAGAGUUUUUCCUGUUGGCUGCCAUGUCCUAUGACCGCUAUGUGGCCAUCUGCAAACCUUUGCAUUAUGCAACGAUCAUGAGCAGCCGAGUCUGCACCCAGCUAGUUGUUAUCUCUUGGUUGGCUGGGUUAUUAACAAUUUCUCCUGGACUUAUCAUGGGCUUAGGGUUGGAAUUCUGUGAUGCUAAUAUUAUCGAUCACUUUGUUUGUGACUAUACUCCUCUCCUGAAACUGUCCUGCACAGAUACUCAUUCCAUCGAAUUGAUAGGCUUUAUUUCAGCCAUUGUCACAUUGCUGAUUACAUUGGCCCUAGUAAUACUCUCCUAUGCAUACAUCAUAAGAACAAUUCUGAAAAUCCCUUCUGCCCAGCAGAGAAAGAAAGCUUUUUCUACCUGUUCCUCCCAUAUGAUUGUUGUCUCCAUCUCUUAUGGUAGCUGCAUUUUUAUGUAUAUUAAACCUUCUGCCGAUGAAAGGGUAGCUUUAAAUAAGGGGAUAGCAAUACUCACCACUUCAGUUGCACCUGUCUUAAAUCCUUUUAUAUAUACCCUAAGAAAUAAACAAGUGAAACAAGCCCUGAAUAAUAUAAUAAAAAAAUGUAUUUUCAUUACCUUGAAAUAA